AUGUACCCCGAGAACAAGCAGAAAAAGCUCUGGUGGGAGGAGAAAGAACGUUUGUUGAAGAUGACAUUGGAAGAGAGAUGUAAAGAAUAUUUAUGGGAUUAUGUACCCUUGAAAGAUAUUCCAACAUGGAAGGAAGAAAUGAAAAACAAAGCCCAAAGUGAUGAAGACAACACCAAUGACGCUUUCUUGAUGCAGAAAAGUCUUAGUGAAAAAGUCUCCCUAUACAGAGGCGAUAUCACAGUACUUGAGAUUGAUGCCAUAGUUAAUGCUGCAAAUUCAAGUCUUCUUGGAGGAGGUGGUAUGGAUGGAUGUAUACACAGAGCUGCUGGUCCUUGUUUGGUUGCUGAAUGCCGCAGUCUGAGGACUGAAACUGGACAAGCCAAAAUCACGUGUGGUUAUGACCUACCAGCAAAAUAUGUCAUUCACACUGUGGGCCCUAUAGCUCGAGGACAUAUAAGUAAUAUCCAUAAAGAAGAUCUGGCAAAUUGCUAUAAAAUCUCUUUGAAACUGGCAAAAGAGAAACUCAUCAGAUCAAUUGCUUUUCCAUGUAUCUCAACAGGCAUUUAUGAUUUUCCAAAUGAGCCAGCUGCAGUCAUUGCACUUACAACAGUCAAGGAGUGGUUAAGGAAGAAUGAGAAUGAGAAAAUAAUCUUCUCAGUGAAUUUGCACAAUCAAUAG